AUGCAAGAGUCGUAUCCAGUAAUCGCCAAAGUGCCCACACAUAUUCUUACUUGGGGUAAAUGGAUCGAGGAGUCGCUGGGAGAUAGCAAAGAGAUUGUCUUGUGUAUCACCGGCAAUCCAGGACUUCCUGGAUUUUACACUCAAUUCCUAUCCACAGUCUAUGAAUGUUUGAACAAAGAAUUACCAGUAUGGGUGAUCGGCCAAGCGGGUCACGAUGAAGCAGAUGAAAGUCCAUACAAAAAACCUGUUCCUCCUCUUAGGGGAAACGAGCCUCUCUUCAAUUUGAAUGGGCAGCUUGAACACAAAGUUGCAUUCAUAAGGAAAUAUGUUCCCGAGGGAGUAAAAAUUCAUUUGAUCGGCCAUUCCAUCGGAGCAUAUAUGGCACUAGAAUUGCUUAAAAUUCCCGACAUAAGCGACCGCGUGCAACAUUGCUAUUUUCUGUUUCCUACGCUAGAACGAAUGGCUGAAUCGAAAAACGGUUUUAUUGUCACCAGAUUGAUCAAUCCGGUGUGGUUUGUGUUGCAAUGGUUCUAUCGAAUGUUUGCAAUGCUACCGUUGUUUGUCCGUACUUGGAUUAUUUACAUGUACUAUCUGGUAGACGGCAUUCCAAAACAUUACCUCGGAACCGGGCUCAAGUACAUGAAUCCUAACGUCAUCGAUAAGAUUUGGUUUCUCGCUAUUGACGAAAUGGAAAAGGUAAAGCAAUUGGACAUCGAUACACUGGUCAAGAACAAACAGCGCAUCAAGCUGUAUUAUGGCACCACGGAUGGAUGGGUACCGGUAAAAUACUAUCACGAACUGAAACAACGAAUUCCAGAUGUUGAUGCCGAGCUUUGUACCAGGAAAUACCAACACGCCUUUGUGCUCCGAUCUGCAGCUCAGAUGGGCUAUUCUGUUGGUGAGUGGAUCUUAAAGUAUCGUGUUUAAAAACG